AUGGCCGAACGCUUUGGCAUCGCCGCAUGUGCAAUCCUCAAAAAUUUCUCCACCGUCCUCACCUCAAUUAUGUGCUACCUCUACGAUAUUGCCAGCUAUGAAAAUUUUGUGCAAGAUAUGAUGCAGGAUACCUGGGAUUUCAGGCACUGCGGCAAUAAGAACGAAUUCUUUGGGGCCGGCGGGCAGCGGAGGAUCGAGAUGGCCAAGAUGCAGAGCAAGCUGAAUUUGUGGAGAUAUUAUGUGCUGACGAGGGAGCCGAUGGAGCGGUUUAUUUCGGGGUUUCUGGACAAAUGCGUCAUUAAAGCGAAAGCCAAAAAUAAGACCGUCCCGACCGGAACCUCAUGCUAUGGAUGCAAAGGAGACCUAGCUUGCUUCAUCAAGGCCCAAUACAACUCAUUUUUGGUAGCGACCAGGGGCGGAAAGCCUGGCUACAGCAUGGAGAACGAGCAUUUUGCACCACAGACGUGGUACUGCCAGCUCGGGAGCCAUUUCUCCGAGUAUCGCUUUUUCCACUAUUCCCAUCCGACAACCGGACAAAUGCUCGACGAAUUGUUUGAUGAAUUUGAGGCACUGGGAGUGCCAAAGAGAGUUGGAGAUCGAGUGAAAGAGCAGGUGAUCGGAAAACGAACCUACCACUCGACCUACCAAACCGGUGACCGCAUGAAGUACACCGAACAACUUAAAAAUGAUCCUAUGCUCCUUGAAACCUUUCUAAAGAUGUAUUUCUAUGAUUAUGUCUAUCUAGGAUAUCCAUUACCCAAUGUUACCCUC